GCGGAGCCCGCUGUCGGGCCGCCGCCUGUGCGUGGCAGCCGCUCUGAGGGGAUUCUGGCGACGCGGGCGAAGCGGGCCAUGGCGAAGAAGGUGGCCGGGGUGCCGGUGCUGGUGGCCGGGGUGCUGGUGCUGGGCUUGUGGCCGCGCGGCGCCGAGAGCUCCCCGAGGAAGGCGGUGGCCGCCCGGCUGGGGGCGAAGUGGCCGGCGACGCCGUUGCUGCUGGAGGCCAGUGAAUUCAUUGCAGAAGAAGGCAAUGAGCAAUUCUGGCAGUUUUUGGAAACGGUGAAAGAAUUAACAUUAUACAGGAAAGGAGUCUCGGAGCAUUCUUAUUACAACUUAAUCCUGAAGAAAGCCGGACAGUUCCUUUCAAAUGUGCAGAUUAAUCUUUUGAAAUUUUCUCUUUCCUUACGAGCACAUUCCCCAACCAUUCAGAUGUUUCAGCAGAUUGCAGCUGAUGAGCCGCCACCGAAAGGUUGCAGUGCAUUUGUGGUUAUCCAUGGGAAGAGCACCUGUAAGACUAAUGAAAUUUGGAAGCUUCUGAAGAAAGCUGCUACAAGGCCCAAGCCAUAUCUGUUCAAAGGAGAUCAUAAAUUCCCUACGCUUCAUGAGACCGGCCCAGUAGUGAUCCUUUAUGCCGAAAUGGGUACAAAAGACUUCGCUACAUUUCACAAAGUUUUGUCUGAACAAGCACAAAAAGAGGAAAUUGUUUACGUUCUUCGACAUUUUGUCCAGAAACCUAGCUCCGAGAAGAUGUAUUUGUCUGGAUAUGGUGUGGAACUUGCAGUAAAGAGUACAGAAUACAAAGCGGUAGAUGACUCUCAGACCAAAGCUACAAAUAAUGUAACAGCAGAAGGAGCCAGUGAGGAAAGUGAAGUCCAGGGCUUUCUCUUUGACACAUUAAAGCAGAACUAUCCUGACCUCAAAGACAAUCUUCAAGAGCUGAGGAAAUACCUGAUUGAAAGUAGUGAUGAUACAGAGCCUUUGAAGGUUUGGGAAUUGUCAGACAUUAGUUUGCAAGCAGCCUCUCGAAUUCUCUCUGUGCCCGCUUAUAAUGCAUUAAAAGUCAUGAAGGAUAUUGCACAGAACUUCCCAGUCAAGGCCAGAUCCCUGACCAAAGUGUUAGUGAACCUGCAAAUGCGGAAAGAAAUAAAGGAAAAUCAACAGCAUCUGAAUGAAGCUCUUGAACUUCAGCCUGGUGAAGCACGUUUAUUUCUAAAUGGUCUUCGUAUGGAUUUGAAUCUUCAUGAUCCAUUUAGUCUUUUAGAAACUUUGAAGGUAGAAGAGAAAGCAAUGCGUGGACUUCACUCCCUUGGAAUUAAAGGAGAUGUUCUUAGUAAAAUCAUGAGAUUAGAUGCCCAUUCUGAUGAUGACGCUUAUGCAUUAGACAUUCGUCACUCUUCAAUAGUAUGGAUCAAUGACUUAGAAACAGAUCACAUCUAUGACAAGUGGCCUACAAGUUUUCAGGAACUUCUUAAACCAGCAUAUGCAGGAAUGAUGCGGCAGAUUCGGCGCAAUCUAUAUAACAUGGUCAUCUUUAUUGAUCCUAUGCAAGAAGAAGCAGCUCACUUCAUGAAACUUGUAGAAGUAUUCUACUUUCAAAAGGUGCCUCUUAGAAUUGGGUUUGUUUUCGUCCUAAAUACCGAUGAAGUCGUUGACGGAAACAAGAAUGCAGGUGUAGCUUUAUGGAGAGCUUUUAACUUCGUUGCAGAUGAAAUGGAUAUCCCUGCGGCUUUUACUGCCAUGACGAGAAUGUACCAUGAAGUAGAAGAGGGAGGUGUACUUUCUGUGGGGCAUGUGAAGCGUUUUCUUGUCACAGGAUUUCCUCAUGCUGACUUGCAAGAUAUCUUGGGUGUCGAUUCUGAUUAUGAUGAGAACAGACAGGCAGGAGCGAUGUUUUAUAAGAAGACUGGCCUGGGUCCAUUGCCUCAAGCUCUCUUUAAUGGUGUGCCCUUUAACAGAAAAGAGAUGAAUCUAGCAGAGCUGCAAACCUCUCUGGUGAAGAUCAUGGAUGCCACGGAGUCCUUCCAGCGGGCAGUGUUCUUGGGCGUGCUGAAUGAUCAUACAAAUGCAGUUGACUUCAUCAUGGAGCAACAGAAUGUAGUUUCACAUAUACAUGACAAGAUUCUUGAUCCUCAAAGAAGAUAUUUGAACUUUGCAUCCCCAUCAGUGCCUAUAGAUACAAACGAUUUCUCAACUUUUUCCUUCUUGGACUCUCAAGAUAAGACUUUUGUUAUUUCAGAAAACAUGAAGUAUGUUACAAGGAAAGAUGAAGAUGUAGUAUACCCAGGCACCAUAUGGAUUGUUGCUGAUUUUGAUAACCCAGAUGGGAGGCAACUGCUUUCAAAUGCCCUGAAAUACCUGAAAACUAGCAGUCAUGUACAGCUUGGGGUUGUGCAUAAUCCUGCAUCGAAAAUAACUGAAGAUAACACUGUCAUUGCAAGGGCAAUCUUGGCAGCUUUUCUAACGCAGAAAAACGCUAGUCUGAAAAACUUCCUCGGUCGGAUUCUAAAAGAGGACACGGCAAGAUCUCUCGCUACGGGAACUAAAAUCAAGACACUUCUUGUUCCAGGCAUGAAUAACGAUGCGUUUGAGAAGAAGUACAACACGAUAGGUGUCGAUGUGAUUCAGGCUCACCAGGUGUUUUGUCGGGAGGUUCUUAAGCUGCUUCCUGGGCAAAUGGCUGUUGUUAGUAAUGGCAGGAUAAUAGGCCCUCUACGUGAAAAUGAACUGACCGCAGAAGACUUUGACUUGUUGGAGCAAGUAACGCUAAGUAAGGCAACAGCGAAGGUCAAAGCCCUGGUCAAGGAAAUGGGUGUUGGCGGUAAACGCGGCAGUAAUUUAGCAAUGAAAGUGAGUGCGCUUAUUUCUUCCUUGCCUAAAAGUGAUGUCCGCCGAGAUAUUGACUUUCUCAAAGAGAAGCACAGUGUACUAAAGAUAGAUCCAGAGCAGAAAAGCGAACCCUUCUUUGACGUUGUUGGCAUUGUAGACCCGUUGUCAAGAGAAGCACAGAAGCUGUCACAUUUACUGAUUUUCCUUGGUCAGGUUGUCAACAUGAAACUGAGGCUGUUUAUGAACUGUAGAUUCAAGCUGUCAGAGGCGCCUUUGAAAAGUUUUUAUCGUUUUGUUCUGGAGUCCGAACUUGUUUCAGGAGCCAGUGGUUCCUUUCCUCUCGCACCGGGAGCAAACUUCUUUGAAAUGCCAGAAUCCCCUCUCCUGACCCUCAACAUGAUCACUCCAGAAAGCUGGCUGGUUGAAGCGGUGAACAGUUCUUAUGACCUUGAUAACAUUUAUUUGAAAGAUGUUGAGAGUGUUGUUUCUGCAGAGUAUGAGCUGGAGUAUUUGUUGCUUGAAGGACAUUGUUUUGAUGUAGCCACUAGACAGCCGACUCACGGACUGCAGUUCACUUUGGGAACUAGGAAAAAUCCUGUUAAAGUUGAUACCAUUGUGAUGGCCAAUCUGGGUUAUUUUCAGUUGAAAGCAAAUCCAGGUGCUUGGAUUUUGAGACUACGUGAAGGAAGAUCCGAAGAAAUCUACCAAAUAUAUAGGCAUGAAGGAACUGAUUCUUCUGAAGUUUCAGAAGAGGUUGUUGUGGUACUAAAUAGUUUCAGCAGCAAAAUCAUCAGAGUCCAGGUGCAGAAAAAACCUGAUGAAAUUCAUGAAAGCCUCUUGAGUGAUGGGGCAGCGGAAGAAGAGGAAGAUUUCAUGAUUAGUUCUACAGGAGGGACUCAAAAAGCAGAAAACGAAAAGAAAAUGGAUAUGUUAAAUAUCUUUUCUGUUGCUUCCGGCCAUUUGUACGAACGGUUUUUAAGAAUAAUGAUGCUCUCAGUUCUGCGCCACACCAAGACACCGGUUAAAUUUUGGUUUCUGAAAAAUUAUCUGUCACCAACAUUUAAAAAAGUUAUCCCUCACAUGGCAAACAAAUACGGAUUCCAGUAUGAACUUGUGCAGUACAAAUGGCCCCACUGGCUUCAUCAACAGGAAGAAAAGCAAAGAAUCAUCUGGGGUUACAAAAUUCUUUUUCUGGAUGUUCUCUUCCCGUUGGCUGUGGACAAAAUCAUAUUUGUUGAUGCUGAUCAGAUCGUAAGAAGCGACUUGAAAGAACUCCGAGAUAUAGAUUUGAAAGGAGCACCCUAUGGCUAUACUCCCUUCUGUGAUAGCCGUCCAGAAAUGGAUGGCUACCGUUUCUGGAAGUCAGGCUAUUGGGCUUCACAUCUUGGAAAAAGGAAGUACCACAUUAGUGCUUUGUAUGUUGUGGAUCUGAAGAGGUUCCGGAAGAUUGCUGCAGGAGACAGACUUAGAGGUCAAUACCAAGCCCUUAGUAAGGAUCCAGGCAGUUUAUCCAACCUAGACCAGGAUCUUCCAAAUAACAUGAUUCAUCAGGUGUCCAUUAAAUCUCUUCCUCAAGAGUGGCUGUGGUGUGAAACUUGGUGCAGCGAUGAAUCCAAGAAAAAGGCUAAAACCAUUGAUCUGUGUAACAAUCCAAAAACCAAAGAACCCAAACUAGAGGCUGCUGUCAGGAUAGUUCCUGAAUGGACAGAGUAUGAUUCUGAAAUACAGCAGUUUAUAAAUCAAAUAAAAAAGAAGAAAACCGUGAGUCAGUCUCAACAAAAAGAUUCCAGCCAUGAUGAACUUUAGCACUAUUUGAAGAGUGUCCUGAUGACACAGCUACUGGCCAUAGACUGGGGGUUAGUGGUAGUUUUUGUGGAUGUAUGUAAAUACUACAGAGAUGCUCUAUAUUUUUAAAUAAAAACUUCUGGCAUUUUAUUGGGACUUGGAACGGAAUAACAAGAGUGGAAAGGAAACCUAGUAAAGUGUGGGCUGUGCAGUUUGUCAUUCAGUCCGAUUGCCUUUCCACUUCUUUCGUUUCCAAAGGCAUUACAAAUUCUGGUGCUACAUUCGCUAAGUGCACACUGCUUUUGUUUCACAUUACACAAAUAUUUUGUUGGAGAUCUCAUGUAAUAAUUUUGAAAUGUCUGUCUGUAGUAAACAAACACCCCCAUCACAUACUUUUCUUUUUAAAGCUCUAUUCCAUCUUUCUUCAGAAGCUUCCAAGGAGGCUGAUCUGAGACAAUACUUGAAGUUGCAUUGCUUUUUCUGUA